AUGGCACCUGUCAAGAGGAACUAUGCUUUUGAGCGAUCUGACAUACCUGCAGGGGAGAAUUAUGUACUGAUGAUCAAUUAUCCAUUCCGGGAUCCACCACUAUCAACAGAUCUAAAAGGAGAAACUUUUUGUGCUCUUCUAGGAACUCAUAGCAGCGCGUUGGAACUUUUCCUUGUUAAAAGGAAGAUAAAAGGACCUUCUUGGCUAUCAGUUUCAAAUUUUUCCAUCUGCCCAGCUCCACAACGGGUAAGCUGGUGCAAAUUUGAGGUGAUCGUGAAUGCUUCGAAAGAUAUAAGGGUCUCAGCUUCCACAAAGAAAACUGUAGAUAUUCCUCAAGUGGUUGUUACUGCAAUAAGUUUGAAAACUAUUAUCAAUGAGAAGCAGAAUGUUAACGAAAUUGUCUCUGCAUCUGUUGUCUGCUGUAACAAGGCCAAGGUAAGACCUAGAAUCUAUUUUACACUGCCUUGUGUUUUGCAAAUUAUUGAGUUGUCUUGUUGGAGUGCUGGUAUGCUGAGCCACUUUACUGUUGUCCAUAAGCUUGAUGGUGGCAUAUUUCCUAUGGGGUUUACUAAAGUGGCUGCAGAUAAGAAUUCUAAAGCCGGAUCAAAUGUCUUGAGCAUUGAGGCCAGGUGGGCUUUACUCGCUUAUCUUGUUCUCAAUGAAAUUUAA